AUGUCCGGUCAGAGUGACCUUGCGAGAGCGAGCUUCUGGUGCGACGCAGGGCUGACGGUGAACGGCCACGUGCUGCUGGACUUCCACCAGAACCCCGACCGGCCCACGCACCGGCUUCGCGUGGUGUCGGCCUCGCUGUGGCUCUACGUGCGGAGCCGCGGCUCCUCCUCGGCCGGCAACCGGACGGCCACCCUGUACGUGUUCCGGGUGGCCGAGUCCAACAGCAGCAGCGCCCCGCUCAGCGGAGGCAUGGACCUGCUGGCCGCAGUCGAGGUGGACGCCAGCGCCGCCUCGCACGGCUGGAGGCGCGUGGACCUGCGCGCGGCCGUCCAGCACUGGUUCGCCCCCGCGGCGGGCCACCACGGACACGACGCUCGCAAGAAGCUCACGCUGCUCGUCGACUGCGUGGGCUGCGGACCAGCUGGCAUACAGGUGGCGCAGUUCGAGCGGCGGCAGCGGCGUCGACCCUUCCUGGCCGUGGCCACCGAGGCACUGGUGUCGCGGCGGCGCGGCCGGCGGUUCACCAUCACGUGCGGCGAAGGGGUGACGCAGUGCUGCAAGCAGUCGCUGUACGUGAGCUUCGAGGACCUCGGCUGGGACGAUUGGAUCAUCGCCCCCAAGGGCUACUUCGCCAACUACUGCAUGGGCGAGUGCGCGGGCCGGCCCCGGACGCCCGACAUGUUCCGCUACUUCCACGCACACGUGCUCGAGGAGUACCGGCUGCGCAACCCGUACGCCUCCGUGUCGCCCUGCUGCGCGCCCACCAAGCUGUCGCCCAUGUCGCUCAUCUACUUCGACCGAGACCACAACAUCAUCAAGUCGGACCUGCCCAAGAUGAUUGUCGACGAGUGCGGCUGCACGUAGCGCUCGCCUGCGUAGGACUCCAAGAAAUUCUUUCACGUCUCCUCCCACCGCGACGACCCCCCCCCCCCUUCCCCCAUCAACCUCGGUGUGGACGGCUCGCUCCCCCCUCCCCCCGAACCCUUGUGUCCCGGAUUCUGUGAUACGCUGCGGAUGUCGCCUCCUCCUCGCCCUCCUUCCUCUGCAGGAGAAGGCGGAAAGGUGCGCUCGCUACGGUGCGUUCUUCUAGUCAGUCGUCUCCGCCGCCAGGUUGCGCUCUCCUCCCACCAGCUUCAAGUGCACCGCCGGAACACGCAAUACGUUGUCCUCGGUGCGGUGCUGCAUACCUGUGCUCUCGACGUGGAGUGGCUACCGUCGCGUCCGGGCGGACGAUGCCGCCGUCUCCCGCUGAGCGCCGACGACUCGGCGGCGAGACAGUUCGCCGCGCCGUCGCGGUGGUGGUUGUUGUCCGUAUUGUGAGUGAGUGUUGUGAGGGCGCGCAGGCUCGUCGCCGUGCGGCUCGCUGUGUGUGUUCGGGGCCCCCCUCCUGGUCCCCCAAAGGUUGUGCUCGCGACGAGGUCCAGACGGGCCGCAUUACGUGACCCCGCGCGCGUAUUUGCGCGGGUUGCCCAAAACAUGUUUUAGAGGACUGUUACGUAUGUUCGCGUUGUUGUUGUUGUUCUUUUUUUCUCUCUCUCUCUCUCUUGCUCUAAGUCUUCUUUUUUGACCAAUUGCUCGCAAAUGUUGGAACACGAAGGACCAAUAUCAAAACGGGUUUCUGCUGUUUUCGGAGGUCAUUUGAGUCGACGUAAACGGCGCGUCAGACCUGUAAGGGUCAGUUAUUCCAGUAGCUAAUCAGUUUUUAUGACGCGCCGCUAGCGCAUCACUAUUCUGCCCUAAGCUAUCACCAGCCCUCAUUCCUAGAGUUUGCGCCCUUGCAGGAUACAUGAUAACUUAUUUUGCAUGAUUUUUCCGCCAGAGCUCCGCAAUUGUUCGCUUGCUUUUGUUUAGAACUCGGCGAAGUGCGAUAUCCGGCACAUAGUCACUUUCUCCAUAACAUUAUGCGAAAUGAUGUUACAGCACUCUGCGAAGCCGCACCUAAUAACGGUCUCUUCUAGCCGAGGCAGCUGAGAUUGCCUCUCUCAUUUCCAUCGUUAACAACGCGUAUUGGUUUGGUCCCGCGUCGCCCAACAACUUGCAGUAGCAAUGGUGAAGGAAUCUCGUCAUCCUACAUGUAUACCGAGGUUGCUGCGCCGCGUUGUUAUACGCGCAAGUUCAUUCAUUGCCGACCGCUGCUCGAACACGUCGUCCCCGCGGGUCGACGACGAGUUGAUCGCAAUGCACCGCGGAGGAGGACGUACACGCUAUGUAGGCACCCAUGUCGAUACUGCUCCCUCAACUUGUGCGCACUACUAUUAUUAUAUGUCUCCUCGCCCUGUACAUAGCCUGUUUCUAUCAUGCGCCAGCAGUAUAAGCGGCGUUUCACCACCGCUGCCGAUCUGCGAGGGGAUGACUUUGUCAACGAAAGGAGCGCCACAAGGCUUAUAACGAUAGCAUCUGAUUGAGUGCGUGCUUUCUUCUUCUUCUUCUUCUACUCUCUUUAUUUUGACCGCAGAAUAACAUUUCAAUUGGCGAGUGUUGCCGGUUUGGGCAAGCAAAGUCGCGGUUACGAAAACAAGCGCCGUGUGCACGUAUUUAUGUCUUGUGUCUGUGUCCUUGCUAAAGAUGGUAGAAUACCUUUACGAUGCGCCAUACCAACAGCCCCAAAUGCCUAACCUGGAGUCUCAAUGCCUCCAACUUCCAGGCUCGGCGCGAUCAAAGCGCGAACCCGAUGACCGACGCUGCAACGCUUGCGAACCCACCCACUUUGUCCGUGAGAGCUGUCGGUCCAGUCCAGUGACGUGCUUCACACCUCGAGAGAUCAAAUAGCCCGUGGUACCUAUGCGUAACGUUACGAGUGGCCGUGCUGCAGACUCUUCAGCACAGACGCACUGUGCGGCGCGCCUUUCGCUAGCACAGCCUUCAUCCCUCGCAGAGUUCGGUCUGUUCGUUGCCAUCCAUGUUUCGCCUCUCGCUGAUAGCGCGCUGCGUAGAGCAGGGUUACUCUCUCCGGAUGCGGAACAUGCAACGGAGGUUGUCGUUGAGCGAUUAAUUUAUACCGGUGAAAGUUUGUCGGUUAAGUGUUCAAAGUAAUGGUCUGUAGGGAAGGUCUCGCGGGCUGCUCGCUGCGGUGCGCAGCUCGUUUCCGUUCUUUAAUGCCGUGUGCCUGAAAUUUAUAUUGAGGGUGAGAACAAGUGCCAUAUCGUAGUUAAUGAGUUGAGUGACGGAGGGAGGACACUACUACGAGAAAAGGAGGUGGUAGCCUAUUUAAUUAUUGUGCGAAUUCAAGGUGUCAUUUUGUUGCCCGUCAGGCGCGAUUAAAUACUGGAGCAGUGCUCGCGGACAUCGUAGCCAGAAAGAAGUCGGACACCAACCAGAAAAAAAAAAUCCGCACACACACACACAAAAAAAGGAACUAAGAGCUAUUUUUGGUAUGUCUCAAGAACCUCCCAGCGUGGAGGACACAACAAUUAUAUGAUGAAGUGGAGAUUAAUAGCGAAAAGCAAACAGCAGUCGGCAGGUGUUGAUCAGCCAAACAUGGGCUUAAUUCUCAGGAAAGAAGUGAGCUCGAUAAAAUUACGCUUUCGAGGCUGACAAUGCGUGGCUUAAAAAGAAAUAUUCACCUUUAGCAGCAGCGUACAGAAGGGUCAGCGGUG